CUCAGAAGUUUGUCAGCUCAGCUGCAGAGUGUAUGUCUGAGUACGUGUGUUAUUCUUGGAGAUAAAACGGCGUGUGUGUGUGUACAUUUAUGAGUAAACGUCUAAAACUAAAUUAGUUUGCACAAAUUCAUAUUUAAGUCAGCAUUGCCUUUAAACCAGAAGAAAACAGCCUGGAGAACUCAAGACUGUCACCAUGGUCGCCACAAGCACAUUGAAGACUAAAAGCAGCGAAUGUAUUUCCGAAUUGGUUGACCGAAGAUAUGAUCAGGCUUGCAUUGAGAAAGAACUGGAUUUCUGGGAUCACUGUGUGGCUGAACCCCAAAGGAAUGCAGAUGUUACUGAAGACAGAACCUCUCAACAGCUGGCCAAGAUGUUUGAAAACUGCCUGUCACGAGCCAAGAAGACAACGCUGCACUGCUCCUCUGUGCUGGUACCAGAGAAGCUCACAAGGAGAAUAGCUCGCGAGGUCCUGCGGCUGGCAUCUUGCGAGCCCUGCGGCCUGCGCGGCUGCGUACUCUACAUCCACCUGGAGCUGGACAAGGGCUGCAAGCAGCUGGAGCGCAUCGUGUACGAUGCCACCGUGGUGCCCACAUUUGAACUGACUCUUGUUUUCAAGCAGGAUGGCACCGCCUGGCCCAGCCUACGGGACUUUCUUUUUAUGGGAACCUGCUUUGCCCCGACUUUCAGGCAUGUACUUAAACUGAGUCCAGGUUUCCGGCUUGUCAAGAAAAAACUGUACUCCUCCUCGGCUGGUACCGUGGUAGAGGAGUGCUGAACUAUGGGAGGGAUUAAAGUGGGAUAUGGGGUUUCCUGUGGUCAAACGCACUUCUGCCCAAAUGUAAGUGACACUCCAAUGGUGUCAUUUUUGACCGUGUUUUUGCACAAUACAGUUUUGUCAAUUCAACUAAUUGUAGCCAGUCAGUUCAGUUUGGAACUUGGGAUGUAAAGUUAAAAGCUGUUGAAUAAAUUACCCUUAUUGUUCUGGGUUUGGCUUCAGUGUUUCGAAGUGAAUUUUUUUUAUUGGCAAAAUUGUACAAUUCUGGAGGGGUUUUUGUAAUCGAAGAGUUUGUUGCUCAGACACAAUUUUAAAUUGUACAUUUUAAAGAUGAAUGUAAAACCAUGUUCACAAUCAACAUGUUUGAGGGACAUACUGUGGGUACACGUUGGUUAAAGACACUAGCCACUUUGAUGCAUCUGUGUUUCCAGAUGUGUUCAGCAGCAGUAAACCUACCUGGGCUUGAAUAGGAGACUGGAACAUAGUCUUUGGGGGCCAUAUGUAGCUUGUUGUGGAAUGCUGUAUUUAGGGCUGUGGAUGUUUAAAGACUUGAAGACUUAAUGUCUUGGGAAGAUGCUUCUGUGAUGAUGUGGGCUUCUCACACUAGGGGAAUUUGGAUGCCUUAAAUGUCAUAUUUUUUUUUUUUUUUUUUUUUCCACUCUGAGCGAUGCUUUUAGUGUAAACGUUUUACAUUUUUAUACCCUCUUCCCAAACACACCUUUUCAAUGCAGAGCCUUUGUAGAUUAUUAAAGGGAUGGUUCACUAAAAUGUAAAAGCUUUUUGUUUUUUUAUUUUUAAAUGUAAUUUUGUUAACUCAGACAUGCAAAGAAAUGUUACAUCUAGUCAUUUGAGAAGUUUUUGUUUUUUAAAUGCCAUCAACUUUCUUUUGAAGGAAACUAGGUCUUGUCUAUUAGACAAUAAAAAACUGAAACUUUUAUUUUAUGUUUUGUAGAUUUGAUUCAGUGCAAUUUGCUCAAAGUCAAAAUAAUUGUUUGUUCAGUCACAGAACAUUACGGUGUCCAGUCUGGAGCCAUGACCAAGACUGGAGUGGGCAGACAACAGUGGUAAAAUGCAGGCUUUCUAAACUGGGACAACAAGAUCUCCACAAGAAAGUGAUGUGGUUAUUAUGCAUGGUCCUGGCUAGUCUGACAAAACAAACUUCAGCGUGACCUCAUGGAUGCCACCAGCAAUCAACUCUAGUACAACUUUGUAGGCAUCCUGUUAUUUAGCAUAACUACUAGAACUUAAGAUGAUUCAAUUACUGCUCUUGGCACUAUCCUUUUGAUUUUGUGAGUCAUUACACUUGUAUUUAUUGAUCCCAUCUGCUCCUCCAGGCCUGUAAGAUUGCAUAUAACUAGCAGUUUGUGCACUGCACACACACUGCUGUAGUGUUUAUAUAAGCUCAUUAGCUGCUUGUGGUGCAACCCUGCACAGUGUGUGUGACAUUUCUCUCACGGUCUUUAAUGGAGGUGUCUCCAUAGUGAUUGUGUAGGCCUUGGUUUGUCUGCUACACAAAUGAGAUACAAAUGAACUAAAGAAUGUAGCGCUUGCGUGGGACAUUCAAGGGAUGACGUUUUAUGCUGGUUACCUUUUAUCUUCAAGUUAGCCGCUUAUCUUUUUUUGUAAAUGCAUGAUUUAAAGUACCUAGGCUAUUGAUAUAAUGGUGUGUACUACAUGUUGAUUGCAUAAAGGUUUUUCUCUUUUA